CACUUUGGGAAGUAAACUCUGCCUCUAACUCAGAAAAUACCUUAUUUCAGAUGUACAAAUAAUACAUUUCCACACUUUCCUUUCUCCAUGUAACCUGUGGUCUUUGUGGCAAAAUUAUGAUGUAAAGAUCGCUCGCUAAAGUAUUAUCGGAAGUUGGGUGUGUCACCAUCAGACUUUACUGAUUCUGUUAGAGUUCUGUAGACUGUCUGUGCCUGAUUUAUCCGUCAUACGUCCUAUAUUGAACAUCAAGCCUGGAUCUAGGUGUGUGGAAACGUGGAGUAACUUGGAUUAUGGGGAACGCUGCUGGGUCCCUGGAGAUGUUCCAGGUCCGGGAUUCUAAGGCACAGCCAUCCGCUGGGACUCCGCCACAGAAGCAGAGAGAAGGGACCACUUCUAAACUUCCAAGGCCAAAUUCAGGGGAGCUGGAGGAUAGAUUCAACGUAGUGCUGAAUGCUAUGAACCUUCCACCAGAUAAGAUAAGUGUUCUUCGACAGUAUGACCAAGACAAGAAAUGGGAGCUGGUGUGUGACCAGGAGAGAUUCCAGGUAAAGAGCCCACCUGCUGCCUACAUACAGAAACUGAGAAGCUAUGUGGAUACAGGGGGGAUCAGCCGGAAGUUCAAGAGGAGGGUCCAGGAGUCCACCCAGGUUCUAAGAGAACUGGAAAUCUCCCUAAGAACUAAUCACAUUGGGUGGGUGGAAGAAUUUCUGAGUCCGGAGGUUGGAGGCCUAGAUGCUCUAGUGGAUUACCUGUCUUUUGCUCAGUGCAUCUUCCCGUCAGAUACGGAGAGUUCUGAUAAUGGCACAGCUGAGAAACCAAAGUUGUUACAGAGAUCCUUGGAGGAUCUUAACACAAGCAGCUCAUCCUCUUCGCCCACAACCGCAACCGCACCUUCAAGAACACGACACCUGACUGCCAGAUAUCUUUACAAUCGGGCCACAAUGAGAAACUCUCGACACAUGAAUAUCAAGGAUGAUGUACAUGUGUGCAUCAUGUGUUUGCGGGCAAUCAUGAACUACCAGUCAGGCUUCAGUAUGGUGAUGUCUCAUCCGUCCUGUGUCAAUCAGAUUACUCUCAGCCUUACCAAUAAGAGCCCCCGCACCAAGGCCCUCGUUCUAGAGCUACUGGCUGCUGUGUGUCUAGUCCGUGGAGGACACGAGUUAAUUCUCUCAGCUUUCAACUAUUUUAUGGAGGUUUGCCGUGAAGGAUCCAGGUUUGAAAAACUCAUGGAAUAUUUCAGGACUGAAGAUUCCAACAUUGAUUUUAUGGUGGCUUGCAUGCAGUUUAUUAAUAUUGUGGUUCACUCUGUAAAAAACAUGAAUUUCCGGGUCUACCUGCAGUAUGAAUUUUCCCUGUUAGGACUGGAUGAGUAUCUUGAGGUGCUGAAGCACACAGAGAGCGAGCGGCUCCAGGUCCAAAUACAAGCCUAUCUUGAUAAUAUAUUUGAUGUGAACAGUCUUCUCGAAGACACAGAAAACAAGAAUGAGAUGCUGGAACAUGUAGAGGACCUCCAGGGACAUUUAGUUCACCUCACAGAGAAGUUACAGCAAACUGAGAAUGAAUACAUUAGGAAAGUGGCUGAGCUGGAGAAACAGCUGGAUCAGACUCGUAAGGAGCAGAGUGCAGGAAAGGAGAAGCAUGCUUCACAUCACCCACUGGUUUCCCAUCAAAACAUAACUGGUAUAAAGGCAAUUAACCAAGGAGUACUCUGGGUUGAACCUGCUGGUGACACUUGUACAGACGAUUCUUCUUCUUUAAGUGAACACACAGAGUCUCCAGCUACCACAGCAGUACCCCCAACCUCACCAUCAGCCAUCAGGUUGACCAUAGUAACAACAUCUACUCCAGAUACCUCUACGGAUGAGUUGGAAGUAUCAUCUGACACCCACACUUCAUCCUUGCCUCUAUUAUCAGGAUUGGAAUCAGAGGUCCACUUUGUAUCACCUGUUCCACCAUUUUCAGAGCUAGAUACCAGUACCGUCACUGUUACUCCUCCUUUCCCAGGAAGCAAGAAUGAUGAGGCGUGUCAUUCAUCUCCUCUUCCAACACUUAUCCCUUGUGCACUUGUUGGUCAACCUCAUCCUUUAACAUCUACUACUGAAUCUGAUCCUCAUCCACCACCACCCCCUCCACUUCCUAGUGCUCUCAGUGUACCCCCUCCAUCUCCUCCUCUUUCUGCAGUUAUUCAUGGCCCACCUGCACCACCACCUCUCCCUAGUAUACCACCUGUGCCGCCACCACCACCACCCCUUGGUGGCCAACCAGCUGCACCACCACUCCCUGGUGGCCCACCUGCUCCACCACCCUUAGGUGGCCCUACUGCUCCACCACCACCCCUAGGUGGCCCACCUCCACCACCACCACCACCACCCCCUGGUGGCCUUCGCCAUUCUACAGGCUCUGCUCCACCGUCAGCAGGUGCUCUACACACAGGUGUGAGUAUUAAGAAACCUGUCCAGACAAAGCAAAGAAUGCAAAUCCUCAACUGGGUUGCCCUGCAGCCCACACAGAUCACUGGAACAGUCUUUACUCAGCUAAAUGAUGAUAAGGUGCUUCAGGAACUUGACAUGAGUGACUUUGAGAACCAAUUUAAAACCAAGGCUCAGGGACCGAACCAAAACACAUUCUCAAAGAGAGUAAAGGCUGCGCAAAACCAACCAAACAAGGUUUCCCUAAUUGAGGCAAAUCGAGCAAAGAAUCUUUCAAUUACUUUGAGAAAAGGAGGACUGACUCCUGAAGCCAUCACUACUGCUAUUCAGAAGUAUGAUAUGCAGGCUCUGAAUGUGGAUUUUCUAGAGCUCCUCUCAAGGUUCUUACCUACAGACUGGGAGCGGCAGCAAAUCUCUCGGUACCUGCGGGAAGAGAAACCUCUUGACCAGCUGGGGGCAGAAGACAGAUUUAUGGUCCAUCUCUGCUCCAUACCCAGACUGUCUGAGCGAGUUAACACCAUGAUCUUCAUUUCUAGCUUUCCUGAAACCGCUACCCGUCUUACACCGCAACUCAACGCCCUGAUUGCAGCAUCCAUGUCAAUCAAAUCCUCAGAGAAGUUAAAAGGGAUCCUAGAGCUGAUUCUGGCAUUUGGGAAUUACAUGAAUAGCAGUAAGAGAGGAGCAGCAUAUGGAUUCCGGCUGCAGUCGCUUGAUGUGCUAAUGGAGACUAAGUCCACAGACAGGAAGCAGACACUGUUGCAUUAUCUGGUACGAGUGGUCAAAGAGAAAUACCCACAAUUGGCCAAUUUUCAGUCUGAACUACACUUUCUGGAUAAGGCAGGCACAGUGUCCCUGGAUGCUGUGUUGUCAGAUGUUCGCUCACUGCAGGCCGGGAUGGAACAGACUCAGAAGGAAUUUACAAAGCAGGAUGAUAGUCUCCAUCUCAAGGAGUUUCUAAAAUCCAGCAUGGAUGCGAUGGGUCGACUCAUAGUCGACUCAAAAACUGCACAGGAAGCCUAUGAAACAGCUGUUGGGUAUUUUGGUGAGAACAGCAAGACUACUGCUCCUUCAUCCUUCUUCCCCAUAUUCCUGCGCUUUGGGAAAGCCUUUAAGCAAGCUGAGAAGGAUCUAGAGAUGUGGCAGAAGCAGGAGGCUGCAGCCAGCGAGGAGAUGAAACAGUCUCCAGAGAAACAAACACAGUCUCCAUCAACUAAAUCCCCAAGACCACAGGUCAAUCUGAUGGCAGAGCUUAACAAAAAGCUGCAGACAAAAGAGCCACGUGUGUACGAGGAGAACUGGGCAAUAGAAGAUAUAAUAACAGACCUGAGAAACCAGCCAUACAGAAGAACAGACGUUGGCCGGAGAAGUGGAAAGAAGCAGAAUAAUGGACAGACAGUGAGCACUGCAGAUAUAGCUGUCUAAAAUCACCUAUAAGAACAUGAAUAUCUGGAGUCUCUGUGAUAGCUUCCCACUGCGAACUGCUAAUUAUUCUUAGUGUAUAAUAAGACGUAUCCUCAGGUACCCUCAACACCACAUGGUCCAGGAGUGACCACCUGGGAGGCCACAUGGAUGAAUGUUCUGUGUAAGGCACAGAUUUCAAAUCCGAAACCAGAGCUCCAAAUAAAAUUUGAACGUCGUCAUGAAA